UCUAACCUAUGACCUUGCGGUUUGUCUUCUGACAAUCGAUUUGGCUGUGAAAAAUAGAUCAAAUUUUCGACUUUGGAGCAAAUCAAAGCGGUUGAAUACUCUCAACCGGGGGCAGUUAGAUCACAACACUGCUGUCAAGGAUUAGGCGUUGGUAAACGGGAUUAUUUUGACUGGGAAAACAAAGAAAUUCGAUUCCUCUAGGCUGGUGGUGUGGGGAGGGGGGCGCGCUAGCUGGCAGACGACAGAACGAAAGUUCGAACUUUAUCCCCGUUAUGGCGGACGGAGACGAUCUAGAUUUCAACCCGUUCUUCCAGGCUUUGCAGACAACCUUUAAGCAGCAGUACAGCCUAGCCAGACAUAAGUGCCACAUGGUCUGCGUCCCUGCCACCGAUACUCUGCAGGGAAGGGCCAUCAACCAGAGAUUCGUAGAGACACAUAUUUUGAGGCCUUCACCUUUUUUUCAAGGGCAGUAUAUCAGUACAGACAAGGAUGGCAUUAAGACUAUUGCAGUGGAGGAGGGCAACAUUGUCACGUUAGAAGGGUUUGACGAGCAGGCUGAAGUAAGGAUUCUGUCAGAGGAACUUGCUUAUAAUGAGGACUACAAACCAUACAAGAUUUUAGUCAUAGAGAGACCUUUAGAUGGGAUAACACAAGCAUCUGCUCCCAGAUCAAGAUCACAGUCCAUACUGGGGGAGUCACAAAGGAUAACAUAUCAGGAAAACCAGCAGUAUUUAUUCUCCUUCUCAGAAUGUAGAAAGGCAUUAGUUAGACUGGACAGAAACAUCACAGAGUUCCAGAAUAACUACAUGAUUGUGACUGGGUAUCUGGACCAUGCUGUGCAGAAGCUUCAGGGCAUUUGCCAGCAAGCAACAGAGGAUAUCUUGAAGCUCUGCAAGAGGGAAAGACAAAUUGACAUCAUAGCUCAGGCAGUAGAGAGUUACGUAGUUGGCUCUGUCCACACGAAGAUGUGGCAGGCGGUGUGUCAGCAGUGUAAGAAGGAGGAGAGCCUUCUGCAGAAGAAACUGGAGGAACUCCGGGGGGUGACGGGGGAACAGCUGGGCGUGAAACAGGCUUUUUGCUGCCCCCUACCUGGUGCUGUAGUGGAGUUGGCCACACUAGAUGGGUUGAAGACACCGCUAGAGAAACUGUCCUGCUUGAAAAGAACCUUGGACAGUGUGAAUGAAGAAGUGAACUCCCACCUGAGAGAGAACCAGGACCCGACCAGCGAUGACUUACCCUGCCUGGUGUCAGAUGACCUCAUUCUGCUACUGGUCCCAGUCCUUGUCCAGGCCAGGUGUCUUCACCUCCCCAGUAACAUAUUCUACAUCGAGAACUUACAGUGGUCACUGUCUUCCAAAGAUGACCUUGGUUUCAGUCUUGUGACCUUCCAGGCCUCCAUGGAGUACAUGAUGAGUGCAGACUUCAGCCACCUCAGGGCCACCAUGAGCCCCACACAGAAGAACAACGAGAUCUCCAUCCCCGAGCUGAUGCAGGCUGCCCAGCACAUGACCCUCCAGCCCAGCCCAGGGGAGCGGGUGGGGAGGGGGGCGGGGGCAGAGGCGGACCCCCCGGGGAAGAUGACGUCAUUUGACAAGAGGCUGGAGAGCAUUACCAGGAUGAUGGAGAGGAGUUCACAGGAGCUGGCAGCUGCUCCUAUGCCACUGAAGUCCAUCACAGGAGAGACUGGUGACCAGCAGAGACAGGGAGGCAGCCGGGGUGAACAGGUUCCUGAUGUCAUUCCUGUCAGGAAGGCGGACAACUCUGGGCUAGGGGACUUUCUGUCAUCAUUGCAGGAUGAUUUUGGAUAUUCAUAUGGGAAGCAGACAUAAUGUUCCAUGGAUGCACAGCAUGACCAUAACCAUGUUAUCAUCAGAUCAAAGCACAUAUCCCUUUCUAGACAAACUAGAUUUGAGAUCUUAUAA